AUGACUCAAACCCUACAUCAUGCACGGGUCGGCGACGAUGUGAACCAUGAGCUUUCGUGUCUAGUCACAAGAGCUUGUCUGGAACAAAGCAACCAUGAUCUCUGUGUAUUGUGCAAAAUCACCGGUGUUCAUCUUUAUAAAGGUUUUAAUGGAGACUGCAAGGACGGUACCAUCGACGCUACCAUCCCAGCUACCACCUCAACUACCACCCCAGCUACCACCUCAGCUACCACCCCAGCUACCACCUCAGCUACCACCCCAGCUACCACCUCAGCUACCACCCCAGCUACCACCUCAGCUACCACCCCAGCUACCACCUCAGCUACCACCCCAGCUACCACCUCAACUACCACCCAGCUACCACCCCAGCUACCACCCCAGCUACCACCUCAACUACCACCCCAGCUACCACCUCAGCUACCACCCCAGCUACCACCUCAGCUACCACCAGCUACCCAUACUACCACCUCAGCUACCAUCCCAGCUACCACUCAGCUACCACCCUCAGCUACCACCUCAGCUACCACUCCAGCUACCACCUCAGCUACCACCCCAGCUACCACCUCAGCUACCAUCCCAGCUACCACCCAGCUACCACCUCAGCUACCACCUCAGCUACCACCCCAGCUACCACCUCAGCUACCACCCAGCUACCACCUCAGCUACCACUCCAGCUACCACCUCAGCUACCAUCCCAGCUACCACCUCAGCUACCAUCCCACUACCACCUCAGCUACCACCUCAGCUACCACCUCAGCUACCACCCCAGCUACCACCUCAGCUACCACCCCAGCUACCACCUCAGCUACCACUCCACCACCUCAGCUACCACCUCCAGCUACCACCCCAGCUACCACCUCAGCUACCACCCCAGCUACCACCUCAGCCUACCACCCCAGCUACCACCUCAGCUACCACCCCCCAGCUACUACACCUCAGCUACCCAAUACCCCUCAGCUACCACCCAGCUACCACCCCACUACCACCUACCAGCUACCACUCCAGCUACCACCUCAGCUACCACCCCAGCUACCACCUCAGCUACCAUCCCAGCUACCACCUCAGCUACCACCUCAGCUACCACCCCAGCUACCGCCUCAGCUACCACCCCAGCUACCACCUCAGCCCCCAGCUACCACCUCAGCUACCACCCCAGCUACCACCUCAGCUACCACACUACCACCUCAGCUACCACCCUCAGCUACCACCCCAGCUACCACCUCAGCUACCAUCCAGCUACCACAAGCUACCACCCCCAGCUACCACCUCAGCUACCACCUCAGCUACCACCAUCCUACCAUCCCAGCUACCACCUCAGCUACCACCUCAAAGCUACCACCCCAGCUACCACCUCAGCUAACCCCCCAGCUACCACCUCAGCUACCACCCCCAGCUACCACCUCCUCAGCUACCAUCCCAGCACCACCUCAGCUACCACCCCAGCUACCACCUAGCUACCUCUACCACCCCAGCUACCACCUCAGCUACCACCCCAGCUACCACCUCAGCUACCACGCUACCACCCAGCUACCACCCCAGCUACCACCUACCAGCUACCACCCAGCUACCACCCCAGCUACCACCCAGCUACCACCCGCUACACCUCAGCUACCACCCCAGCUACCACCUCAGCUACCACCCAGCUACCAGCUACCACCCCAGCUACCACCUCAGCUACCACCCAGCUACCACCUCACUACCUCCCAGCUACCAGCUACCACCUCAGCUACCCUACAGCUACCACCCAGCUACCACCUCAGCUACCACCCCAGCUACCAGCAGUACCACCGAACGCAGCUACCAACUGACAAAGGUUUCGGAAUAGAAUAG